AUGCAUAUAGUAGACUCAAGGCAUAAAACAGGCAUGGAAGAUACAAAACGAUUAAUAUUUGAGUUUCUCAGAGUCAAGGAUGAUGACGCAACAUAUGGCCUUCGUGCAUCUAAAAUCUUUGAUUCGUACCCCAAUGAUUUGAAAGAAAUUUUCAAUAGAUUAAAACUAACAGCUAAAGAUUUGCCAGACAUAUCAUUACAUUCUUCAUUCAACGGCCAGUAUGAGCUUGUUGUGGCAGCAGGCGUGAACCAAGAACUGUCUGAUGAGAAGAUGUUGGUACCUGACUACCUGGCCAAACUUACUCCAUCACUUGUUCCACUUUUCGUUGGUGCCCUCACAAUGAGUGCCUUUACCAGCGGGCACAAGGAAUGGGAUUAUGCUCUCGCAGCAUUUGCUGUGGCAGUCAAUGGUCUGAUUGGUAUGUACAGAAGUGGUGAAGAAAUCAUCAAAGAUGGGGACUGGGAAUUUACUAGCGCUUACCCUUCGGCAGAGGAUUUGAAGAAACUAUCUCUCAAAGUCAGAGAUGAGAAAGUCAAAGUCCAAAGGCUUGCUGCGAUUGUAGUCACUACAAAGAUAAUAUGGUGGAAUACAAACCAUCACAUUGGCGGGGACGGACUACCUCCCAUAUUCAAAUAUUUAGGAUUCUCGGAUGUCUCUGGUGUCAGCCGUCUACAUACCGCUAUCUGA